AUGAUCAGACGCCGCCGUAGCUCCAUCGUUAUCCUUUCAAUCCUACUUACCUUUACCCUGUCUCUCCUUACUUGGAUUGAGUGGGAAGAGGAGCCUCUGUAUGAACUCCCAGACUUCCUUCAUCCCUUCCAAGCCAACCAGAGCUCCCCUCCAUCCCUCCGGAGCUCAGCAACAUUGUACGACUCCAACUUCAGCUUCUCCCUUAAUCUGAGCGAAUAUUCCAUGCAAUACCCAGCACUCCAGAGCUAUAGAUGCAGGGCAGCCAUUGACUUAUUCGGAUACUGCUGGACUAAUGAUCCUUUAAUACUGCUGGCAGUAAAAUCCCACCCGGCCUCAUUCACCAGGAGGGAUGUCCUGCGUCAGACUUGGGCCAGGGAGAAAAAGAUUAUGGAAUACAGAGUGAAGCCUGUGUUCCUCAUGGCCAAUUCUGGCAAGCGUCACCAGAUGGAGAGGGUGGUGAAGGAGGCCUUUUCCAAUGGGGACAUCAUUCUAUGGGAUUUUCUGGAAAGCCAUCACAAUCUCUCUCUAAAAGAGAGAUGUUUUUUGGAAUGGAUUUAUCACCGCUGUCCAGAGGCCAAGUACAUAUUCAAAGGUGAUGUGUUCGCUAGCUCAAACGUAGUGAGAUAUAUAGAUGGAUGGAUGGUGUGACGGUAGUAAUCUGUGUCACCGUCUAGUAUUCCCUUUUUCCCCAAUAGCAGAAUAAUCACAAUAAUCCACAGGGUAAAAUAUCGCUGGUAUUGCCAAAUAAUCCACACAUGAGCCAAAGCUUAAUACUGGAACAAGACUGAUUUACUGGAAGCAACAGGCAUUCAAUUUAUACAGUACAAGCUCCUCCUCUGGGCCAGGCUAGAUAAUUGAGUUUCAGCAACAUACUAAACUCAAUUAUCUGCUGGCCAGAAACAUUACAAUUUUCAAAAUUUUUAGAAAUAUACUUUCUACAUGACAUAUGAAUAUAAGAAUUGCCCACAUCCCUGGGUAGCUGAGGAUACUGGGAGUCACAUAUCCAAAUUGCACGAAAAUCCGUUUGGUACUUUCCAUGUCGCGUCGUGUGGAAGUUUGACUGGCUCACCAUGUGGUGGUAUCCGAUUUAGAGUUCCAUGAACUCAGUAGUAAGAACCGGUCUCCGUUCGUGCAGAAUUACACGAAAACCACCAUAGAUAUGUUGCAGCUGGUUAUAUGAGAGUGCUCCCCUCGUUCGGUAGAUUAAAACUCCCGAACGCCGGUUUGAUACUAUGGGUGGAAAUAGGUCAGACGGGACUUCCAUAAUGACCGGGCGUUCGGGUGAUUGCCAUGCCGAAAACAGUUCCAGGCAAUCCACGAGUAAGUUCCGCUGGCCGCAUUCAGGAGAUUUAAGAUGGCCACCAUCCUUUGUUCUCGCCACGUGUUCGUAUGCCGAAUGGCGGCCACCUAGAAACACUCAAUUAAGUUGCUGUUUCGUGUGGUUACUCGGUGUUCUGAUUGCUGCCCAGGGUGGUUUCCGUUCGGUAGAACGAAUAAAUGUCCCGAACACAGAAAUAACAACGAAUACUUUACAGUCACUUAACUAGCAGGGAGAGAAAGUACCGAAUACAUGGAGGGUGAUUCUUCACAGAUGGAUAGAUAUAGAGAUAGACAGAGAGAGAGAGAUAGAAAUAGAUAGAUAGAUAGAUAGAUAGAUAGAUAGAUAGAUAGAUAGAUAGAUAGAAAAAUGAACUCUGGCAAUAAUUAUUCUGCUUGAUACUGAUUCAUAUAUAUGUAUGUAAAUUCUUCUCUCUUUUUGUUGGGUGGCUCGCCUUGUAUUAGGCAUAUUAUAGUUAUUCUGUGUCACUUAAACAUAUAACGCAAUCAGACUUUCCUGGCUUUUCUUAUAAAAGAGAUUUAUUCUUCUUGCUUUCCAAAUUCAAAGUCAGAACUUACAAUGUCAUUGAUGUUAAAUAGAUCAACAGCUGAUGGUACAUGCUGGGCAUUCAGAGUGCGGAGACACUCACAGCUGAUGGUACAUGCUGGACAUUCAGAGAGCAGAGACACUCUCACAGCUGGUGUUACACGCUGGGCAUUCAGAGUGUGGAGACACUCUCACAGCUGAUGGUACAUGCUGGACAUUCAAAGUGCGGAGACACUCUCACAGCUGAUGGUACACGCUGGACAUUCAGAGUGGGAAGACACUCUCACAGCUGAUGGUACACGCUGGACAUUCUGAGUGUGGAGACACUCUCACAGCUGAUGGUACACGCUGGACAUUCAGAGUGCGGAGACACUCUCACAGCUGAUGUACACGCUGAGCAUUCAGGGUGCGGAGACACUCUCACAGCUGACGGUACACGCUGGGCAUUCAGAGUGCGGAGACACUCACAGCUGAUGGUACACGCUGGACAUUCAGAGAGCGGAGACACUCUCACAGCUGAUGGUACACGCUGGACAUUCAGAGUGUGAAGACACUCUCACAGCUGAUGGUACAUGCUGGACAUUCAGAGUGUGAGGACACUCUCACAGCUGAUGGUACACGCUGGGCAUUCAGGGUGCGGAGACACUCUUACAGCUGAUGGUACAUGCUGGACAUUCAGAGUGUGGAGACACUCUCACAGCUGAUGGUACACGCUGGACAUUCAGAGUGCGGAGACACUCUCACAGCUGGUGUUACACGCUGGGCAUUCAGAGGGUGGAGACACUCUCACAGCUGAUGGUACAUGCUGGACAUUCAGAGUGUGGAGACACUCUCACAGCUGAUGGUACAUGCUGGACAUUCAGAGUGUGGAGACACUCUCACAGCUGAUGGUACAUGCUGGACAUUCAGAGUGCGGAGACACUCUCACAGCUGAUGGUACAUGCUGGACAUUCAGAGUGUGGAGACAAUCUCACAGCUGAUGGUACACGCUGGACAUUCAGAGUGGGAAGACACUCUCACAGCUGAUGGUACACGCUGGACAUUCUGAGUGUGGAGACACUCUCACAGCUGACGGUACACGCUGGGCAUUCAGAGUGCGGAGACACUCUCACAGCUGAUGGUACACGCUGGACAUUCAGAGUGCGGAGACACUCUCACAGCUGAUGGUACAUGCUGGACAUUCAGAGUGUGGAGACACUCUCACAGCUGAUGGUACAUGCUGGACAUUCUGAGUGCGGAGACACGCUCACAGCUGAUGGUACACGCUGGACAUUCAGAGUGCGGAGACACUCUCACAGCCAGGGCUGGUGCAAGCAUUUUUGUCACCCUAGGCGAAAACAAAUUUGCCGCCCUAUUUGCUUCCCCCAAUCAUGCAGACUAACACACACGCUGACUCAAGUAGACACACAUUGACCAUGCAAACUGACACACACGCACUAACCCAUGCAGACACACACAUACAGACACACUGACCCAUGCAGACAGACACCAUGACCCAUACAGACAGACACACUGACCCAUACAGACAGACACACUGACAUACAGACAGACACACUGACCCAUACAGACAGACACACUGACCCAUACAGACUGACACUGACCCAUACAGACAGACACAUUGAACUAUACAGACACACUGACCCAUACAGACACACACACUGACCCAUGCAGACACACACUGACCCAUACAGAGUGACACUGACCCAUACAAACAGACACACUGACCCAUAUAGACAGACACACUGACCCAUAUAGACUGACACACUGAACUAUACAGACAGACACACUGACCCAUACAGACAGACACACUGUCCCAUACAGACAGAUACACUGUCCCAUACAGACAGAUACACUGACAUACAUAAACAUAUUGACUGAAGCAGACUAACACACAUUCUCUGACAUAAAGAGAAGAUAGGAUUGGGUAAAGUGCAGUGAUAUUCUCUGACAUACCUUACCUUCAUUGUUGUUCAUUCCUUGCGCCUGGCUGCCCUUUCUCUGCACAUUAUGCUCCGCCCACUUCUCGAGACGUACAGGGGAAGGGACGGGAGCGAGGAAUUAAAGCACCCGCACGCUGCCGCACUGCAUGUCUGGGAGGGAGGGGCCUGGUUGGGCGGGCUGUAUGCCGCCGGACCUGUUUUCUACCGGCGCUAGUGAGCAACAAUGUAAGAGCUUCCGAGUGCCCGGUAAAAUGGCCGGCGGCAUACUCGAAACAGAUAAAUAACUUGUCAGGUCCGGCGCCCCCUCUUAAGCAGCGCCCUAGAUGGCCGCCUAGUUUGCCUAUAGGGAGGGCCGGCCUUGCUCAAAGCUGAUGGUACACGCUGGACAAUUAGAGUGCGGAGACACACUCACAGCUGAUGGUUCAUGCUGGACAUUCAGAGUGUGGAGACACUCUCACAGCUGAUGGUACAUGCUGGACAUUCAGAGUGCGGAGACACUCUCACAGCUGAUGGUUCAUGCUGGACAUUCAGAAUGUGGACACACUCUCACAGCUUAUGGUACAUGCUGGACAUUCAGAGUGCGGAGACACUCUCACAGCUGAUGGUACACGCUGGACAUUCAGAGUGCGGAGACACUCUCAUAGUUGAUGGUACAUGGUGGAAAUUCAAAAUGUGAAAACACUCUCACAGCUGAUGGUACAUGCUGGACAUUCUGAGUGCGGAGACACUCUCACAGCUGGUGUUACACGCUGGACAUUCAGAGUACGGAGACACUCUCACAGCUGAUGGUACACGCUGGACAAUUAGAGUGCGGAGACACAUUCACAGCUGAUGGUACAUGCUGGACAUUCAGAGUGCGGAGACACUCUCACAGCUGAUGGUACAUGCUGGACAUUCAGAGUGCGGAGACACACUCACAGCUGGUGGUACACGCUGGACAUUCAGAGUGUGAAGACACUCUCACAGCUGGUGGUACACGCUGGACAUUCAGAGUGCGGAGACACACUCACAGCUGGUGGUACAUGCUGGACAUUCAGAGUGCGGAGACACACUCACAGCUGAUGGUACGUGCUGGACAUUCAGAGUGCGGAGACACUCUCACAGCUGAUGGUACAAGCUGGACAUUCAGAGUGCGGAGACACACUCACAGCUGGUGGUACAUGCUGGACAUUCAGAGUGCGGAGACACUCUCACAGCUGGUGGUACAUGCUGGACAUUCAGAGUGUGGAGACACUCUCACAGCUGAUGGUACACGCUGGACAAUUAGAGUGCGGAGACACACUCACAGCUGAUGGUUCAUGCUGGACAUUCAGAGUGCGGAGACACUCUCACAGCUGGUGGUACAUGCUGGACAUUCAGAGUGUGGAGACACUCUCACAGCUGAUGGUACACGCUGGACAAUUAGAGUGCGGAGACACACUCACAGCUGAUGGUUCAUGCUGGACAUUCAGAGUGCGGAGACACUCUCACAGCUGAUGGUACACGCUGGACAUUCAGAGUGCGGAGACACUCUCACAGCUGAUGGUACAUGCUGGACAUUCAGAGUGCGGAGACACACUCACAGCUGAUGGUACAUGCUGGACAUUCAGAGUGCGGAGACACACUCACAGCUGAUGGUACAAGCUGGACAUUCAGAGUGCGGAGACACUCUCACAGCUGAUGGUACAUGCUGGACAUUCAGAGUGCGGAGACACACUCACAGCUGAUGGUACAUGCUGGACAUUCAGAGAGCGGAGACACUCUCACAGCUGAUGGUACAAGCUGGACAUUCAGAGUGCGGAGACACUCUCACAGCUGGUGGUACACGCUGGGCAUUCAGAGUGCGGAGACACUCUCACAGCUGAUGGUACACGCUGAACAUUCAGAGUGCGGAGACACUCUCACAGCUGAUGGUACACGCUGGACAUUCAGAGAGCGGAGACACUCUCACAGCUGAUGGUACACGCUGGACAUUCAGAGAGCGGAGACACUCUCACAGCUGAUGGUACACGCUGGGCAUUCAGAGUGCGGAGACACUCUCACAGCUGAUGGUACACGCUGGACAUUCAGAGUGUGGAGACACUCUCACAGCUGAUGGUACACGCUGGACAUUCAGAGUGCGGAGACACUCUCACAGCUGAUGGUACAAGCUGGACAUUCAGAGUGUGGACACUCUCACAGCUGAAGAUACAGGCUGGACAUUCAGAGUGCGGAGACACUCUCACAGCUGAUGGUACACGCUGGACAUUCAGAGUGCGGAGACACACUCACAGCUGAUGGUUCACGCUGGACAUUCAGAGUGCGGAGACACACUCACAGCUGAUUGUACACGCUGGACAUUCAGAGUGCGGAGACACUCUCACAGCUGAUGGUACACGCUGGACAUUCAGAGUGUGGAGACACUCUCACAGCUGAUGGUACAUGCUGGACAUUCAGAGUGCGGAGACACUCUCACAGCUGAUGGUACAAGCUGGACAUUCAGUGUGCGGAGACACUCUCACAGCUGAUGGUACACGCUGGACAUUCAGAGUGUGGAGACACUCUCACAGCUGAUGGUACACGCUGGACAUUCAGAGCGCAGAGACACUCUCACAGCUGAUAGUACACGCUGGACAUUCAGAGUGCGGAGACUCUCUCACAGGUGAUGGUACACACUGGACAUUCAGGGUGUGAAGACACUCUGCCUUCAUGUUCCGUGUCUCAGUGUCUGAGUUUCAUGCUCCUAGACAUUCCUUACACAGAUAAUACAUUCUACAUAUAUACCAAAAUGGCUGUGUAAGCAAAACAAGUCAAUGCUAUUGAUACAAUAUGCUUGUUGGCAAUUCCUUAUCAGGUCUUCUCACGUUCCAUGGACACUCAGAAACAGAGCUUACAGCACUUAUUGUCAUCUGUCUGUCUAUCUCUGUCUGUCUGUCUAUCUAUCUCUGUCUAUCUGUUUCUCCAUCUAUCUAUCUGUAAAAUAGUCUACAUUUUGGAAAUGUCUCUUACAUGCAUUUCACACUGAGGUGUGGUUGAUAUUGAGUGACAUGAACAGAUGACAAUAAGUGCUGUAAGCUCUUCUCUAUUUCUGCCCCAUUUGAUCCAUUCACUCAUGCAGACUGACAUGCACUAACCCAUGCAGCCUGACACACAAACACUGACCCAUGCAGACUGCCGCACAUGUACUGACACACACACUGACGCACGCAGACUGACCCAUGCAGACACACACAUACACACUGACUUGUGCAGACACACACACUGACCUAUGCAGACACACACUAACCCAUGCAGACACACACAUACAGAUACGCACUGACCCAUACAGACACACGCUGACCCAUUCUGCAGACAGACACUGACCCAUACUCCAGACAGACACUGACUGAUACGGCAGACAAAAGCGAAAGACACAGGCAACACUCCAGGAUAAAGAAGAUACGUUUAUUUCUGGAAACACCACCUCAUAAAGUGCAACGUUUUGGCUCAUCAGAGCCUUAAUAAGGGAUACAACGUGAUACAGUGCUUACAUAUCCCCCACCCCAAUUAAACUAAUUGAUAAAUUGCAUCACGUGUUAGUUAAACAUAUCCAUAGAGAGAACUCUAAAACAUGACAAGGAGUCUAAUAGAAAUCCUAAUUAGUACGCAAUCAUCUUAAAGGUAUAACACCCUAUUUCAUCUUAAAGGUACAAAGCAGAAUACGAAUCUGUAUAACAUAAUGAGAAUAAUUGGAGAGUAAACGUCCUAAAUUAUAUGAAUAAAUGAGACAUAGGAGCAAAGAAUUGGAUCAAAAGAUCACGCUAUUGGAAAUUCCCCAAAUUUAUAAGUCAACCUAGAAUUAACCAUGUAGUUAACAUUCCAUAACUUCAUGGACUAACCAAUCAUAAAUGAAUAGAAACCAAUGGUUAAGGAAUCGAAGUAAAUACGUGAGUGAAAAUAUACAAUAUACUAAGUACAUAGUACAAUAUGGAAAAUGUAUAUAAUGAAAUAAGACGUUCCUCAUAUGUAUCCGCCCUAAUCCAGGUGGGCACCAGAGGGUACACAAUAUGCUUCAAGUAGCACUGUAAAAGAAAAUAAAACAUCUCACUAAUAAUAAAUACACACAAGAUUACAAAAAAGAAGUAAGAGAAAAUUCCCUGUUAAGUCCCUUGGGCCAUAAGGUGUUUCAUGUGUGGAUCCAAAAGGACUCCUUCAUUUUAAGCAAACCUUGACGGCUGCCACCUCUCCUGAGUGAAGGCACAUGGUCAAUAACCUGAAAUAUUGUGACUAUGUUCCAUGAAGUAUGCAGGAAUAGGUCAUUCCUUUUGUCUCGUUCUAAUAGUUGAUUUGUGCUUAUUAAGUCUCUCACGGACCUUCAUUGUGGUCUCUCCUACAUAGAGAAGGCCACAUGGGCACUUAAGGACAUAGACAACAUACGUCAACUCGCAGGUGAAAUAAUUCUUUAUAUUGUAUGAACGACCUGUUUGGGGAUGAAAAAAUGUAUCACCUUUAAUAAUAGAGUUGCAGGAACUACAGUUAUGGCAUGGAAAUGUGCCAUAUACUGGAGUGGAUACUACAUACUACAGACAGACACUGACCCAUACAGAAACACACUGACCCAUACAGACUGACAUACACAAACACAAAUUCUUCACAAAUACACAUUGUGAUGUCCCAUUGACUCUCUUACCUUUCUUGCAUAUAUGACUGCUUUUCAUUUGUAACUGGCAGCUUCCCUGUGCCUGGCCGCCUGUUAUGCUCCCGCCCACUUAUACCCACCUACCGGGCAAGGCCGGGGAGCAAGAAAUUGAAGUGCCCUUGCGCUGUUGCAGCAAUGGUAGCCUUUGUGGGGAGCCUGGCUGAGCAGGCUGAAGUGGAUGCCGCCAGACCAGUAUUACACCGGGUGCUAGCCUGCAGACAUGUAAGUGCUCCCUACUGCCUGGUAACAUGGCACGCUUUGUAGAAUUUCUCCAACAUAGACUGGCAGCAAAAUGAGCAGAGCAGCAAAGCUCCUGCUGGCACCCCCUCUUGAGCAGCCGCCUAAUUUGCCUAUAGGAAGCACCGGCCCUGCCAUGACUGACUGCUUGGUUUAUUUCAUUCAAAUUUUUUAUUUUUUUAUUUUGGUUUGUCCGAAAUCAUGAAAUGAUCAAUUCAGAGCAAAAUGAAAUUGAGAAGAAUUUCAGAAGUGAAAUGAAAAGAUUCCAAAUAAUGAAAUCAAGAUUGAUGAUGAAGGUGGAGCUACCGCGACUAGACUGGUGCAGCAUGGGAGAAAAGGUGAGUAAAAUAUUUUUUUUUUUACUGCGAUCAGAUGGGGUCUGGUCACUUAAACAGCCACUUAAAAUCAUUCAAAAAGUUUAUUCAAAAAUAUUACACCGAGGCCCUAGUUCUUAAAUAGCAGCUUUGCUCUUUUUCUUAUGAUCGUUUUUUUUAUCCUGGUGUUAAUGGUGGGCAGAUACACAUAAUAUUAUCCCUGGACCUCACUAUGUUUAAUAAAAGACCUAAACAUUGCUCUCUGUCCUUUCUCGGCAGGUGACGAUGACGAGUUUGUGAACCCCUACGCCAUUGUUAGUUAUAUACAGCACUCUCUUCCUCCACAUCCUCUGGAAAUCCAUGGCCAACUUCAAAUCCACCCACCUCCGGAGCGCUCGGGGAAGUAUGCCGUUCCUUUCUCCUUAUACCCACACGGGCACUACCCUCCAUUUGUUUCUGGUGGAGGGUUUCUUCUUCCAGGAGAGCUGAUUCCUUCUCUUUACUUGGCUGCAUCCACCAUCCCUGUUUUCCCACUGGAUGAUGUCUUUUUUGGGUUCCUAGCACUGUCCGCCAACAUUACCUUCCACCACGAACCCCGCUUCUGUUCAUUUGGGUUAAAGGCAAACAGACUAUGCCAAUACGUUGAUGUUUUAGUGGUUCAUGGAUUAACACCAAAAAAGAUGCUGGAGAUCUGGAAAUAUCUGCCGAACACUGCAUCGUGUCCACCCAGUGAGAGGACACCGACGGAGGACACAAAGAGGAAAACUUUAGUUAAAUAAUAAACAAACUUAUUAAACUUCCAGAUCUUUGAUAAAAAUUACUAAGUUCUUUUACAUCUGCCUGUCCCUUGGUAACAUCACUGGGGACAGGACUGACUCAUAGCGCCCCUACCUGUGUCAUCCUGCAGGGGGAGGGACAGACUCAUAGCGCCCCCUUUCUGUGUCACUGUG